UUUGCUUAUUAUGAAUAAAACUUCUGUGACUAAAUAUUUACCAAACUGUGUGUGAAUGUAUUCUCAUUCUCUUAGGUACAUACUCGGAGUAGAAUUGCUGAGUCAUAGGGUAGCUGUGUGUUUCACUUUAUGAGAAACUGUUAAACCGUUUUCCAGCUCUUCUGGGGACGUUGUCUGCAGGCACUCAGAAUGGUCCAGCCUGUGACAUACCGACAUAGGCUUUCCUACAAUACAGCCUCUAACAAAACUAGGCUGUCCCGAACUCCUGGUAAUAGAAUUGUUUACCUUUACACCAAGAAGGUUGGGAAAGCACCAAAAUCUGCAUGUGGUGUGUGCCCAGGCAGACUUCGAGGGGUUCGUGCUGUAAGACCUAAAGUUCUUAUGAGAUUGUCCAAAACAAAGAAACAUGUCAGCAGGGUCUAUGGUGAUUCCAUGUGUGCUAAAUGUGUUCGUGACAGGAUCAAGCGUGCUUUCCUUAUCGAGUAGUAGAAAAUCGUUGUGAAAGUGUUGAAGGCACAAGCACAGAGUCA